AUGUCGACGACGCCAGGUCGCCUGGGCUUGCAUAGACGCAGCUUUUCCAGGAGCAGCCUCAGCGUGUCUGAGCGGCAGAUUCUCCUGGGAACACCGCUGCGACCAUCACUCUCCUCUCGGCCUUCGACUCCGCCGUCACCCAUCCGGCUCUUCUCCCAGCAGCAGGGCCCGCGGCGAUCACGCUUCUCGACCCGUCUCCGCAACGUGCUGAGAAAAUCGAAAUUCCGCUGGCACCGGAUACCUGUCGGGCUGGGCAUUGGCUUCCUGGGCAUCGUCCAAUUCUACAAGGUGUCCCGACGCAAUGCCGAGAAGGACGAGCGGGACCAGGACGCCGGUCCUGCGCCUGCGAAACGGCCACGUAUAAGGCCAGAAGGGCCUUGGCAGGUGCGGGUAAUGUCUACGCUGCCGCUCAAGGCACUGUCCCGUCUCUGGGGCCGCUUCAACGAGCUCACAGUGCCAUACUAUCUGCGGGUGCCAGGGUUCAAGCUCUACAGCUAUGUGUUUGGAGUUAACCUGAGCGAAAUCGAGGAGGAGGACCUGCACAAGUUUCCGAAUCUGGCGGCAUUCUUCUACCGCACCCUUAAGGAUGGAAUGCGGCCGUUGCAUCCGAGCCACAACGCGCUGUUGUCGCCAUCAGACGGGCGAAUCUUGCAGUUCGGCACGAUUGAGAGCGGCGACAUUGAGCAGGUCAAGGGCAUGACAUACAGUCUGGACGCGCUGCUGGGCAAGCAUACGCCGACGCCGAGCAUCGCGAACGGACAGUCAAGCGCGAGCCGGAAGAGCGCGGCGGCCGCACCGACGGCAAGCAGCCACGGCGAGACGUCGGUGCACCCGGACGAGGAGUUUGCGCGGGUCAACGGGAUCCCCUACACGCUGCCGGAGUUGCUGUCGGGCGCGCCGAUGGCAUCACAGCAGCCGAGCAGCGGACAAGACGAAGUGGAAGACCAGUCGACCGGGGCAGCCGCGACGUCAGCCGUUUCGGAGGUGCAGGCCGAUCUCGACGUGCCGUGGCACAAGCAGCUGCUGGCACGCGACAGUCGGACGACGCUCUACUACGCCGUCAUCUAUCUGGCGCCCGGCGACUACCACCGCUUCCACUCGCCGACCAACUGGGUGGUCGAGCGGCGACGCCACUUUGCCGGCGAGCUCUACAGCGUGUCACCGUAUCUGCAGCGCACGCUGCCCGGCCUGUUCACGCUCAACGAGCGGGUCGUACUGCUCGGCCGCUGGCGCUGGGGCUUCUUCAGCUACGUUCCCGUCGGCGCCACCAACGUCGGAUCCAUCGUCGUCAACUUUGAUCGCGAGCUGCGCACCAACAGCCUGACGACCGAUACCGCUGCCGAUCGAGCUGCCGAGGACGCCGCCCGUCGUGGCGAGGUCUAUGCCGGCUUCUCCGAGGCCACCUAUGCGGCCGCUAGCCCUAUCCUGCACGGCUAUGCCUUGCGGCGCGGCGAGGAGAUGGGCGGCUUCCAGCUUGGCAGCACCGUCGUGCUCGUCUUCGAAGCCCCCGUCCAGACUACCGCCGAUAGCGCCACUGCUACCGCGCCCGCCCAUGCCGGCUGGCGUUGGGCCGUCGAGAAGGGCCAGACGGUCAAGAUGGGCCAGGCUCUCGGCUUUGUCGACGAGUGA